UAUAUGGAUAUGUAUGCAGUGGGGUUGAGGGGGACUGGAAGAAAUUUCAAUAGUUUUGGUUACUUGGGUAUUGGCCAUAUUACUAGUAGAUCAACAAAAGUAGAGGGAUGUCUUUAUUAGAGAGAAAUAAAAAAAUGCUAAAAUGAGCCCCCCUCAAGCCUAACACCAAACACUCCUUAUAUAUAACUCUUCAGUAACUCAUUCUCACCUCACAGUUGCUCACUCUUACUUUCUAUAUUUAUUUUGUGUCUAUCUCUUUGGUUGUGUGCUAGUGAACAACAAACAAGCUAGCUAGGUAGCAACAAUGGUGGCCAAGAAGCCAAGAAUUGUGAUAAUUGGAGCAGGAAUGGCUGGUCUCACAGCUGCUAACAAGCUCUACACAUCUGUUGGCUCAAAAGAAGUGUUUGAGCUAUGUGUAGUGGAAGGUGGGACUAGAAUUGGUGGGAGGAUCAACACUUCAGAGUUCGGUGGCGAUCGAAUUGAGAUGGGGGCUACUUGGAUCCAUGGCAUUAUAGGCAGUCCACUUCAUAAAAUUGCUCAAGAAAUCAAUUCACUUGAGUCUGAGCAGCCAUGGGAGUGCAUGGAUGGGUCCUUGGAGGAUGAGUCAUUGACCAUUGCUGAAGGUGGGUAUGAGUUGAAUCCAUCACUGGUCGAUCCUGUAUCUUGUUUCUUCAAGAAACUAAUGGAUUUUGCUCAAGGGAAGCCAAAUGAAGAGAGUUCAAGCAAUGAAGAAGCAGAGUACUAUAAGCUGGCAGCUAAAGCUUCAAAGAUUUGCACAAGCAAUGGUGGCUUUGGAAAGCUCAGUCUUGGUUCUUUUCUAAGACAAGGCCUUGAUGCUUAUUGGGGUUCUAUGAAAGAGCAAGAAGAGAUCAGAGGGUAUGGUAGUUGGAGCCGAGAGUCGAUAGAAGAAGCAGUUUUUGCAAUGCAUGAGAACAUUCAGAGGACUUACACAUCAGCUGGUGAUCUGUUGACUCUGGAUUACAAUGCAGAAAGUGAGUACCGUAUGUUUCCUGGUGAAGAGAUAACCAUUGCCAAAGGUUAUAUGAGCAUAAUUGAAUCAUUAGCUUCUGUACUACCUGCUGGUUCGAUCCAAUUAGGCCGAAAAGUCACAAGAAUUGAGUGGCAGGACAAGGGUCAACAAUUGUUGGCAACAGAAAAUGGUCAUGGUAACAGGUCAGUGAAGUUACAUUUUUGUGAUGGAUCGGUCAUGUUGGCUGAUCAUGUCAUUGUUACUGUCUCACUAGGGGUACUUAAAGCCGCAAUUCACCAAGAUUCGGAUAUGUUUGAUCCUCCACUUCCAUCUUUCAAGACUCAGGCAAUUUCAAGGCUUGGAUUUGGGGUGGUUAACAAGUUGUUUUUGCAAUUGGGUCCAAACCAUGACCGCCGUGAUAAUUGCAGCAAAAAGUUCCCUUUCCUGCAGAUGGCUUUUCGUCGAUCAGACUCUGAAUUUAGGCAUCCCAAAAUCCCUUGGUGGUUUAGGAAGACAGCUUCUCUAUGUCCAAUUUAUGGUAAGUCAAGUGUUCUGCUAUCUUGGUUUGCAGGCAAAGAAGCCCUUGAGCUUGAGUCUCUCAAAGAUGAAGAGAUCAUUAAUGGGGUGUCAACAUCAAUCUCUAGCUUCUUAUCAAAUUCCCAAAGCCAAGUGAAUUCUUGUAAUUCCGAUGGAUUAUGCAAUGGGAAUGCGAAUUCUGAGGAAAGCUAUGAAGGGAAAGCAAUCAACUUCACAAAGGUUUUGAAGAGCAAAUGGGGCACUGAUCCACUCUUCAUGGGGUCUUAUAGUUAUGUUGCAGUAGGUUCAAGUGGUGAUGACUUGGACACCAUGGCCGAGCCAUUGCCACAAAACACCACUUGUGGGGGGUCUUCUUCUCCUCCACUUCAAAUUCUGUUUGCAGGGGAAGCAACUCAUAGAACCCAUUAUUCUACUACUCAUGGUGCUUAUUUUAGUGGUCUUAGAGAAGCCAAUAGGCUUCUUCAACAUUAUCACUCUCUUGGAGUAUGGGAGUAGUAGUAGUAGUUAUUGCAGUAUUAGCACAUUAAGGCAGUUUUCUUUAUUAUUUUUAUUUUUACUUUUUUAUUUUUAUUUUUACUUUUUUUAGAACAUCUACUUCACUCAUAUCACCUUCCUUCUCAUAUUUAUUUGGAAACAUCUUUAUUAUUCUCUCUCUAUAUAUGAUGUGGUUUGGAGUGAGAGAGAGGAAAUUAGGAAGGAGGGGGAGGUGGA